AUGAGAAACUCUUUGCCCGCGUUGCUGUCGCCAUCCAGGCAGCUCUCCGCUUCUCACCCUUCCACUACCCAUGGCUCCUGUACCGCCGGAAGCCACAAGCCUCCCACCCAGGCCCCGUCCCACGCCGAUGGACCGUUUGCAGCCCCCAGAGGCGGCGAUUAUGUUGCUUGGAACAGCAGCCGAGAACCACCGGUUCUACAAACUUAUCAUGACCGUACCGAUCCCGAAAACGCUUCAGGGGCGCAUCGAGAAAAACACCAUCGCCAUUUGGCCUUUGACCCUGCCAGCCUAGAUCCUACCAAGUUCAGGCCACAGCAUAAGCAUAAGCAGAGCAGAUCUCGUGACGGGCGGUUCCCACGGAUAAUGAACCCCAUCGCCUCCUCCGCUAGCGCUAGGGGCUUACUGCCCCCAUGGUCUGGUGGUCGCGAGAAAGAAAGCGAUCCCGACGAUGGACUUGCGUUACUUAGACCUGUAACGAGGGAGACAACUCGGUCGCGCUGGGGAUCUGAAUCCACAACGGGCCUGGGUACUGGCAGUAGGAAAGGCAGUAUAUUCGAUGAAAUUGACCGGAACAAUCACCUGGGUCUGAUCAGACGACAGGAGAUACGCUCGCUAGACGAUUUGGAUCAAGUACGAAAUAAAAGGAAACAAGGGGAGCGCUUCUUGCGAUCCGCUUUAUCAAUAAUCGGCACACUCGCAACAGAUAUCACCCGCAGGCUCGACUAUACUUACUAUAAUCUGUUGGAGAAGCUCGCCGCUCUCCACGUUACGAUCGCUUCUUUCCAAGAUCUCUCUGGUUCAGCAUCGACACUCUUCACGGACUUUGAACGAGAGACCAAUAAUUUGGAUCAGGACAUUCGAAAGCAGAUCGGGGAGCUCAAAGACUUUCAGCCGCAGAUGCAGAAGAUCGAGGCCCUAGAAGAACGUAUGAAAGCGGGAAGAAUCAGAGCCGAAGCGCUUAGCUCUCUUAUUGUCCAGAACUGGAUUAUCCUGGAGUCGCCGGAGUCUGCCAUGACUUCGCAAGCAGCGACUGUGACAAACGGCUCUACUGGAGCCCUUGUGCACAACCACGAAAGUGGGAUGCGUUGGCUGGCCACAGAUAUCCCCGGAGAUCCAUAUGUGCUGCCUCAACAUUCAUCAAAGCUGAUCUCUCGUCACGAUACCCGUUACUCUACUGACACGGCAACCACGACGUAUGCUACUCCCGAAAAUGCGAGGGCUACUGACCAAGAUCCAUUGAGAAUAUUCGACGAACUCUGA